AUGUCCCGCGUCCGGCCGAGAAGCAUGGACCGAUCCUUCACUCGUCCGACCACAGCGGCCGACCGAGAAACUGUCCGGCCACUACCGCUCCGAUCACGACCACGACCCGAUUGUCCGGCCGACCGUCCCGACCGACUGUCCGAAUGCUGUGGUCGACCUGAAGCCGUUUUUGAAGUCCAAUCCGCACAAUUCAAGCCCAAAGCCGGCGCCGACUUAGCAAGAUUAGCUCGUCACCACGAGAAGAACCGUCACUAUCGCUCAUAUACUCACCGUUCAUCCUCCAGCUGA